AUGCGGGGAAAGUGCGGAAACAAAGGUUGUGGCCCCAAGACCAAGACGCGAUCAUCUACGGCCGUCUACGGUCGUCUACGGUCGAGUCUCUCCGAAAGUAUUCUCCAGUCGUCUGGGGGCUUGUGCCAAUGCAGCCUUGGACUGCUAUCUCGUCGCUUUGACACGUUGCAGUCCGGUGCAGCCAUCGCACUAAGACAGGAACGACCAACUGAACUUGAUCCCGAUGACGCAGGAAUUCGACGUUCCUGA